AUGCAGAGUCGUAUGCUUCACAGCCCUAGCCCCAUGCUUGGCAACGGUCUCAUCGACGGCGGCAACAAUGCUAACACCAAUUCGAAUGGUGCUCCUCCUCCCGGCAUGGGCGGAUCUUUAGCCGGCGUUGACCUUGGGCCCUCGAUGCUGUCUGCUGCUGGCCCCCCGCCCAAUGCUGGACCCACGAUGCCAGCAGGUACCGGUCCUGGAGGCACGCCCACUACGGCACUCAGCGUCUACCACCUCAUCACGCAGCUCUGCCAACGACCUGAACCCAACGCGACCUCGGCCACCAACCGCAAGCAGGGUUCCGCCUCGCCUCCUCCCUCUGCCAACACCGCUGAUGGCGAAAGCAACAGCAAGAACGAUGACACGCAGAACAGCAACGGAGACCGCGAAGGCGCCACCUCUCCCAGCGAUCUCGACAGCCUGCCUGGAUCCUCCGCUCAGCGUGAGCAUGCACUGCUGGAGCUGAGCAAGAAGCGCGAACAAUACGAGGAUCUCGCUCUCGUCCUUUGGCACAGCUUUGGUGUCAUGUCGUCGCUGCUUCAGGAGAUUGUCUCGGUCUACCCGCUCCUCUCUCCCCCUGCUCUGACGGCCCAAGCGAGCAACAGAGUCUGCAACGCCCUUGCACUUCUUCAAUGCGUCGCCUCGCACAGCGAGACCCGCGGCCUAUUCCUGCAAGCGCACAUCCCGCUCUUCCUCUACCCGUUCCUCAACACCACCUCCAAGACGCGCCCCUUCGAGUACCUCCGCCUCACCUCGCUGGGCGUGAUCGGCGCACUGGUCAAGCAGAACGACAACUCGGACGUCAUCACGUUCCUCCUAUCGACCGAGAUCAUUCCGCUCUGCUUGCGCAUCAUGGAGACCGGCUCGGAGCUCAGCAAGACGGUCGCCAUUUUCAUCGUGCAAAAGAUCCUGCUAGACGACAUGGGGUUGGCCUACAUCUGCCAGACGUACGAGCGCUUCUAUGCCGUGGGCACGGUGCUGAGCAACAUGGUCAGCCAGAUUGUCGAAAGCCAGGCGGUGAGGUUGCUCAAGCACGUUGUCAGGUGCUACCUGCGAUUGAGCGACAACCCAAGGGCGAGGGAGGCGUUGCGGGCAUGCCUGCCCGGCCCUUUGAGGGACGCCACGUUCAGCCAGCUGCUGAAGAACGAUCACAUCACCAAGAGAUGUCUGGCGACACUGCUGUUGAACCUGUCGGAUCGCGUGGAGCAGUGA